AUGCACGGAGGAGCCCUCCUGGCUGCCUCCUGGCUGCCUCCUGGCUGGGAGAUGCUUUGCCAGACUCAGCCCCAGUUUCCACAACUCGGAAAAAGGAAUACUGCUCCGAGUAAGGACAUGCCAGGAGUUGGACCACAGCACCUUCCCUUCCUCCCAGCCCUGCCUCCUGAACGGCGGAGCUCAACAGGACUUUGUUAUUUUGCCUUUUACUCUGAGGGGAGAGAAGCAGAGGAUGAGGAGAAAAUAAUGAAUGUCAAAGGAAAAGUGAUUCUGUCGAUGCUGGUUGCCUCAACUGUAAUUGUUGUGUUUUGGGAAUAUAUCAACAGCCCAGAAGGCUCUUUCUUGUGGAUCUAUCACUCAAAAAACCCAGAACUUGGUGACAACGGCAGUCAGAAGGGCUGGUGGUUUCCGAACUGGUUUGAAAAUGGGACCCACAAUUCCCAAGAGGAAGAAGACAUAGAAAGAGGAAAGGAAGACAACAAAGAGCUUCAGCUAUCCGACUGGUUCAAUCCAGAGAAACGGCCAAAGGUGGUGACAGUGACUAGUUGGAAGGCACCUAUAGUGUGGGAAGGCACUUACAACAGAGCCAUCUUAGAAAAUUACUAUGGCAAACAGAAGAUUACCGUGGGAUUGACGGUUUUUGCUAUUGGAAGAUACAUUGAGCAUUACUUGGAGGAAUUCUUAACAUCUGCUAAUAAAUACUUCAUGGUUGGCCACAAAGUCAUAUUUUACAUCAUGAUGGAUGAUGUCUCCAGGUUGCCUUUGAUAGAGCUGGGUCCUUUGCGUUCCUUCAAAGUGUUUGAGGUCAAGCCUGAGAAGAGGUGGCAGGACAUCAGCAUGAUGCGCAUGAAGACCAUUGGGGAGCACAUUAUGAACCACAUCCAAUACGAAGUCGAUUUCCUCUUCUGCAUGGAUGUGGACCAGGUCUUCCAAGAUAACUUUGGUGUGGAGACCCUUGGCCAGUCAGUGGCUCAGCUACAAGCCUGGUGGUACAAAGCAGAUCCUUUUGAGUUUACUUAUGAGAGGAGGAAGGAGUCUGCAGCAUAUAUUCCAUACGGCGAGGGAGAUUUUUAUUAUCAUGCAGCCAUUUUUGGAGGCACACCCAUUCAGGUCCUAAACAUCACCCAAGAGUGUUUCAAGGGAAUCCUCCAGGACAAGAAAAAUGACAUAGAGGCUGAGUGGCAUGAUGAAAGCCACCUAAACAAGUAUUUCCUUCUCAACAAGCCCACUAAAAUUUUAUCUCCAGAAUAUUGCUGGGAUUAUCAGAUAGGCCUGCCUGCAGAUAUUAAGUCUGUCAAGGUAUCUUGGCAGACUAAAGAAUAUAAUUUGGUUAGAACUAAUAUCUGA